AUGGGAUUCCCUGCGCUGAAGAACGGUAUCAACAGACGGGCAAUUGCCUGCCAUGGACGUAUUCCGGGAUUACGGACGUUGCCAUUUCCAGCUGUAGGCAUAAUCGUUGGAUUGGUGUUUGCAAAUGCCAUCGUCUGGGUGGCAAUCGGUAUUCUUCUUCACUUUCAUAUAGCUCUCGUCUCCACGGCCGUGCUGAGUUACACUCUCGGUCUCCGCCAUGCUCUCGAUGCGGACCACAUUUCCGCAAUCGAUCUGAUGACUCGUCGGCUCAUAGCAUCAGGUCAACGUCCGGUUACUGUUGGAACUUUCUUCUCUCUUGGUCAUUCAACAAUCGUCAUUGUCACUUCCGUGGUAGUCGCCGCCACGGCCUCUGCUAUCAGCUCCAGGUUCGGGGCAUUCAGUAAGAUUGGGGGCAUCAUCGGUACAUCUGUCUCUGCUGGCUUUCUUAUUAUACUUGGAAUUACGAACAUAUAUAUUCUACACAAACUUGUACAAUUGAUGAGAAAGUUGAUCGCUUCAGCCCCAGGGGAUGAGCAAAGUUUUGAAAUCAAAGGAGCUGGAUGCCUAUUCUAUCUUUUCAAAAGGAUGUUCAAGCUUAUUGACCGUCCAUGGAAAAUGUACCCUUUGGGCCUGUUGUUCGGCCUUGGCUUCGACACUUCUUCAGAGGUCGCACUACUGGGGAUUGCAUCUAUUCAAGGGGCGAAAGGCACAAGCAUAUGGCUCAUUCUGAUAUUUCCGGUGCUGUUCACCGUUGGGAUGUGCCUGCUCGAUACCAUUGAUGGUGCCUUGAUGAUGGCUUUAUAUACCUCUACAGCACUUGCAAAGGAUCAGAUCGCUAUACUGUAUUAUUCGAUUGUGCUCACGGUCAUCACGGUUAUGGUAGCGAUGAUUAUAGGAUUUGUUCAACUGUUGACUCUCGUCCUUAACGUUGCUCAGCCCUCAGGUAAAUUCUGGGGCGGAGUUGCAGUAGCCGGUGACCAUUAUGACGUUAUUGGUGGUGCUAUUUGUGGCUCCUUUGUCGUUUUUGGUGGCUUGAGUGCACUGUUGUAUAAACCCUGGCGGAGAAGAAUCGACCGCAGAAGAGAGAGACAUCCACAGCAUCAGCAGUUGCAGAACGACAAAGGAUUGGGUACUUUGCCUGAGCUUAAUGGAGUAUUACUGGAUUUUGACGUUUCCCAAAGAGACGGAGAGACGCCGACUAAUGGCAACGACAAUUCAGACAACCCGAAUGUUUUCGAAGCUGAAAUACUUCCGACCUUCACUAGCUGCCAUGGUGCACCUUCUCGAUCAGCAGUGGUGUAG